AUGUCUGGACGGGGUAAAGUCAGUGGCAGUGGGAAAGCUCGUGCAAAAGCAAAAACACGAUCAUCGCGUGCCGGUCUUCAAUUUCCCGUUGGAAGAAUUCAUCGUUUGUUACGUCGUGGGAAUUAUGCUGAACGAGUUGGAGCUGGUGCACCCGUCUACUUAGCUGCCGUACUGGAAUAUUUGAGCGCUGAGAUACUGGAAUUAGCUGGAAACGCAGCUCGCGACAAUAAGAAAACACGUAUAAUUCCUCGCCAUUUACAACUGGCUAUUCGUAACGACGAAGAAUUGAACAAGCUCUUAUCCGGUGUCACAAUCGCACAAGGAGGUGUUCUCCCAAAUAUUCAGCAGGUUUUAUUACCGAAAAAAAGUGAUUCUGCUCCCUCCCAACGCGAAGCACCUGUCGUAAAAACAUCGGGAAAAGCACCCAAAACUUCAACAAAAUCAGGUGAAAAGUCAAGUGGUACGAGUAGUGGUAAAUCAGCCGCACCCGCAAGUGCCGAUAAAUCAUAA